ACUCAGAAGUCAGUGAGAGAGUUGGCUCCGUGCAGAGGUGCGCUUUCACGUCACUCACCAAAUGUACAUAGAAAACAUCAGCAGAGUCUCUCCUGGCAGCUCAUCUCGGGGUAUUUUUGACCCUCGGUGCCACGCUGGGAUACGAAAUCACUUUUUUUGUUGCUCUUCAUUCGCGUGAAGUUCAAACAGGGACAGCAAGGUGUCGUGGACGAAGCAGCUGGAUCCCUGGAAGCGUGGGGAAGGAUUUUUUUCUUGAACCGUUUCUCUUGUCGGUUGGGAGUUAUGACUGCUGCCAUGUACACUUACUAGUUUCAUCUGACAGAAAGGAGAGAAUAAAGCUCAUGCUACCCACCAUCCUCCUCCUCCUCGCUGGAUAUCUAUGGAGAGGGUAUGCUGUAUGCUCUCACGCAGCACUUGGAGUUACUUUGCGGCCAAGGCAACACCGUGAAUGUUAAAUUUCACCGAUCUGGAGAGCAGAAGACGAUACACUUAACCUCAUUUUGAAUGCCUUUGCAAGGAGUUUGCUGGUUUCUGUGCUGCAGGCAGGGCUUCAGUUUGCUCGGACGGGACUAUGGGGAGAAAGAAGAGGAAGAGUCUUUUGAAUUGCGCAACAAGGAGGACUUGACUCCCAAUGGACGGACUCCAGCUGAGGUGACUGUUUCUCAGCCAACUCGCACAGCCAAUGGAACAAAUGGACACACUGUCUCAGAGGCACCUGACGAGAUGAAGAGUCUGAUCAUUGAGAAGAAUAAGAUGGGCCUGGAGGAAGAGCCUGAACUGUUGGUGAAAGGUUGGCUGUUACGGGAGGUGCGAGGGAACUGGAUCAAGCAGCGUCGGUACUGGUUUGUGCUGAGCCAGGACUCCCUCGACUACUACAGCGGACCGGAGAAAGGCGCCCGCAGACUGGGCACGCUGGUCCUCACCAACCUCUGCUCUGUCAUCUGGCCAGACAAGCAGACUUACAAGGAGACAGGUUACUGGAGCAUUACAGUUUAUGGGCGGAAACACUGCUACAGGCUGUACACCAAGCACUUCAAUGAGGCUGUACACUGGGCUUGUGCCAUCCAGAAAAUAAUUGAUACCAAAUCACCCGUGGAAACGCCAACACAGCUCCUGAUCCGAGACAUCGAGGUGGGCCACGCAACACAGACCAACAUAUGCACAUAUCUACCAAACUACCUGUGA